AAACAACCCUCUUUGCUAUAUUCUACUAUAUAGAGUCACGUGAUUUCUUCCGCGCUGUCACGUGACCCGCUUUCCGGCUUGUCGCAAUUCCAAGAUGGCGGUGUGCGUAGCUGUCAUAGCGAAAGAGAAUUACCCUCUGUAUAUUCGGAGCGUUCCGACGCAGAACGAGCUGAAAUUCCACUACACAGUGCACACUUCACUGGACGUGGUGGAGGAGAAGAUCUCUGCAGUCGGGAAAGCGAUGGCUGAUCAGCGAGAGCUCUACCUGGGACUGCUCUACCCUACUGAGGACUAUAAAGUGUACGGCUAUGUGACGAACUCCAAAGUGAAGUUUGUGAUCGUGGUGGACUCAUCAAACACGUCGCUGAGAGACAACGAGAUUCGGAGUAUGUUCAGAAAAUUGCACAACUCCUUCACAGAUGUCAUGUGCAAUCCCUUCUACAACCCUGGAGAUCCCAUUCAGUCCAAGGUGUUUGACAGUACCGUGUCGGCCAUGAUGGUCCCGUCCUGUUAAAGCUGUGGGAUUUGACUCUGCUGUACAUACUGAAUUCCACGUGUUCCCUUUGUGUAUAUGUUUGUUGUAUGUAUUCGAAGAUUUUCAAUGAAUAAAAGUGAUGUAACGCACCGAUA